GCCUUUAACACCUUUAAAACAUUAGUUAGUUGAAGUAGGUUUUCUAAUGAUCUCUGGGGGCACUUUCAUUUUGAUUAAUGCUUGAUGGGAUUGGAAGAAGGCAAUAUGGAUUCAAACAUUAGCUUUCAAAAUUCUAGAGGGAAGCAAAAGCGCCUUCCUUCUCUUCUAGAGGAGUGGCAGGUUCAGCCUAAUAGUAAUAGAUGCUCUUGAACGGUGAAUGGAUUGGCAAUGAAUCAAGGAAGAGCAGAAAUGGGUAUAGAGGAGGAAGACAUGGGUAGGGAGAAAAGGAGUGUGGUGGUUGGCAUAGGAUUUGAUGGGCAUACAAGAGAGUUGCUGGACUGGGCUGUGGUGAAAGUCGCUGAUCCUGGAGAUUGCGUUGUUGCUCUUCACAUAUGUCGAAAUUCAGAUUCCACUUCAAAAGCUCAGGCUUUGAUGGAUGACUAUCUAGAUGAGUAUAAAGACCUAUGCCACCAAAAACAGGUUGGACUUGCUGUUGAGGUAGUAAAAGGAAGUUCAAUCAGAAAGUUUCUGGUGAGGGAGGCAAAGAAUCGUGCAGCAGUCGCUGUAAUUGUUGGGAUAAACAAGAACAGUCUUCUAGGAGGCAGAGUUUCAAUCGCUAAACAUUGUGCAAAGAGGCUGCCUUUGACGACUGAAGUCAUGGCUAUUCAUAAUGGGAAGGUUGUGUACCGGAGGUGUUCUAAUGAUCAGCAGCAGCAGCCAGGUUCCCAAGGAGACCCGAAGCCUAGUUUAUAUCUGAAUGGAAAUCCCACUUGCACAGAGUGCCCUUCAGAAUUCGGUGACUCGGAGAUAUCAGAUUUGGGAAGGCUCAGUCAUGAAGUGUGUCAGAGCUCUGAAUGCGGAUGCACAGAAGCUGAUAGAUACCCAAGAGAUGAAUCUGUAAUCAGCCCUACACAAAGACGCAAGAGAAGUUCCCUGAGUUCGAUAUCUCUUCCAGUAGAGGAUUUUACACAGCAGAGGCCUGGCUGGCCUCUACUCCAAACAGCUAGCGCAAUUACUCAGCCAUCCCUGGAAGCAAGAAAGAUGACCGUGGUUCAGUGGGUAAUGAGCUUACCAAACCGAUCCCCGCUGGAAAUUCCCCAGAAUGUUUCCGUCUCAGCUCAGCCGCCAAGCGAUUUGGACCUUCUACUUAGCACAAAAUCGCCUGGCUGCAAACUGUUCAGCCACGAGACUCUAAAAUCCGCAACAUCUCAAUUCUGUUCAGAUAAUCUAAUUGGCAAAGGAGGGUGUAAUUGCGUCUACAAGGGGAUCCUUCCUGAUGGCAAACCCGUGGCAGUAAAGAUUUUGAAGUCAUCAAAAGAAGCUUGGAAGGAAUUUUCCCUGGAAGUUGAUAUAAUGACCACGUUGAAGCACAGAAGCAUCACUCCGCUGCUUGGAAUCUGUAUAUCAGAUAAUGAUUUGAUUUCUGUCUAUGAUUUUGUCCCCAAAGGAAAUCUGGAAGAGAACUUACACGGUACUGGGAAGGAAAGAUUCGUCUUGCCCUGGGAAGUGAGAUUCAAGAUUGCUAUUGGGGUUGCUGAAGCACUAAAUUAUCUACACAGCCGGUGCGCCCGGCCGGUCAUUCACAGAGAUGUCAAGUCUUCCAACAUUCUUCUAGCUGAUGAAUUUGAACCACAGCUAUCCGAUUUCGGGCUAGCGAUAUGGGGACCUACCAAGGCAUCUUUCAUUACUGAUUGUGAUGUGGUGGGAACCUUUGGCUAUCUUGCACCCGAGUAUUUUAUGUAUGGCAAAGUGAGCGAGAAAGUUGAUGUCUACUCUUUCGGCGUGGUUCUGCUGGAAUUGUUAUCUGGAAGAAAGCCAAUUGGUUUUGACACCUCCAAGGGCCAAGAAAGUCUAGUCAUUUGGGCCAAGCCAAAGUUAGAGAGUGGAGAUGUGAAAGGCAUAUUGGAUCAAAAUCUGGAUGACAAUUUUGAUGAGUCUGAAAUGCACAGGAUGGCUCUUGCUGCAAAAUUGUGCCUUACACAGGCAGCCAGAGUUCGUCCUAAAAUGAGCCAGAUAUUGAAGAUCUUAACUGGGGAGGAGCACUUGGGUGAAGAAAUAAGCACAGAACUUGGGGCUAAUCCAGAAAAUCAGGGGGACUACGAUGAUGAUGAAGUGUACCCGGAUUCAAGUGCAGAGUCUCAUUUAAGUCUUGCAUUGCUUGAUGUAUGUGAUAACUCGACAUCAUUCAGCAGUCAGGAUCAGAGCAGCCCUCUUUCUGUGGAAGAUUACUUGAGAAGAAGAUGGAGCAGAUCAUCCAGUUUGGAAUGAUUGUUGGACCCUAAUGUGAGUUGCC